GUAAAACCUUGCUGGCUCAGACUCUAGCUAAAUGCCUAGAUGUACCUUUUGCUAUCUGUGACUGUACUACCUUGACUCAAGCUGGCUACGUUGGUGAAGACAUUGAAUCUGUCAUUGCAAAACUCCUGCAAGAUGCAAACUACAAUGUAGAAAAAGCUCAGCAAGGAAUUGUUUUUCUGGAUGAAGUAGAUAAGAUUGGCAGCGUUCCUGGUAUUCAUCAGUUACGGGACGUUGGAGGAGAAGGUGUUCAACAAGGCUUGUUAAAAUUAUUAGAAGGCACAAUAGUAAACGUUCCAGAAAAGAAUUCUCGUAAACUACGUGGAGAAACGGUGCAGGUUGACACAACAAACAUCCUUUUUGUAGCUUCUGGUGCUUUUAAUGGUCUUGACAGAAUUAUCAGCAGGAGGAAAAAUGAAAAAUAUCUAGGAUUUGGGACACCAGCUAAUAUGGGAAAAGGCAGAAGAGCUGCAGCAGCUGCUGAUCUUGCAAAUAUAAGUGGAGAGUCUGAUCCACAUGAAGAUAUUGAAGAAAAAGAUCGCUUGCUGCGUCACGUAGAAGCCAGAGAUCUCAUAGAAUUUGGGAUGAUCCCUGAGUUUGUGGGACGUUUGCCCGUUGUGGUUCCUCUGCACAGCCUAGAUGAGAAAACCCUUGUACGGAUUCUUACUGAGCCACGAAAUGCUGUGGUUCCUCAAUACCAGGCACUUUUCAGCAUGGAUAAGUGUGAAUUAAAUGUAACUGAAGAUGCAUUGAAGGCUAUAGCCAGACUAGCCCUGGACAGAAAAACUGGUGCAAGAGGUCUUCGAUCUAUAAUGGAAAAGCUGUUGCUGGAGCCCAUGUUUGAAGUGCCCAAUUCUGACAUUGUAUGCGUGGAAGUUGACAAAGAUGUUGUAGAAGGCAAAAAAGAGCCAGGAUACAUUAGGGCUCCCACUAAAGAUUCAUCUGAAGAAGAGUACGACUCUGGCGUUGAGGAUGAAGGCUGGCCUCGACAAGCAGACGCUGCAAACCAUUAAAUACUGUCAGAAAGCUCGCCCGCCUAAAGCGCACUUGGUUCUUUCCUUACGAUUGCCCCUGGCUUCAGUCUGAUCCUAAAGGCAUUGGAUCUUAUCUCGGGAUAGGAUACGCUCUGAGGAACCUUAGUAGAUAAAUCAGAUCGUGUAUUUUCUUGCGACAUCACAUUUGUUCUCGAUGGACGUUGCGUGGACUUGGACGGCUUAAUUUUCAAAUAUGAAUUGUAUAUUCCACUUGUUCAAUUAAAAUGUAUAGCAGAUGAUAGCAGCACCUGGAUUGCUCUUGCUAGAAAUUAAACCAGCAAUGCAGAUGCUGCCAAUAGUUAAGAUUUUUGACAAUAAUGUUACUCUCCAAAUGGGAAAUCGAGAUUAAUUAUUAGUAGAGGGUG